AUGGGAGCGUUUAUCGCCAAGAUGUUGCUGCCCACCAUCAGCAGUCUGGUGUUCCUGCCUGCAGCCAGUGUCGCCGCCAAGAGGGGUUUCCACAUGGAGGCCAUGGUCUAUUUCUUCACAAUGUUCUUCAUAGCGAUUUACCACGCAUGUGAUGGUCCGGGCUUGUCCAUUCUCUGUUUCAUGAAGUAUGAGAUCCUGGAGUACUUCAGCGUGUAUGGCACAGCUAUCUCCAUGUGGGUCACGCUGCUAGCUCUGGGAGAUUUCGAUGAACCCAAGAGGUCUUCGCUCACCAUGUUUGGGGUGCUGACAUCAGCUGUGAGAAUCUACCAGGACCGCUUAGGCUACGGCAUCUACUCGGGCCCCAUUGGAACAGCUGUCUUCAUGAUAACAGUCAAAUGGUUGCAAAAAAUGAAGGAAAAAAAAGGCCUUUAUCCAGACAAAAGUGUUUACACUCAACAAGUGGGGCCAGGGUGCUGCUUCGGCGCUCUUGCUUUGAUGCUACGCUUCUACUUCGAGGAGUGGGACUACGCUUAUGUCCAUAGUUUCUAUCAUGUGUCGCUUGCUGUGUCCUUCAUUCUGCUGCUGCCCAAGAAGAACCGCUAUGUGGGGACGGGACGCAAUGCAGCCAAACUCAACUGCUACACCCUCUGUUGCUGUGUAUGAUGCAUCUUUUUAUCUGAGCGAAGCUGUUGAGGUGAUCUUCACCCUGAAAGAC